AUUGUUUUUGUCAGCAGGGUCACCAUGGGGUUUGUGAUGUUAUAAGCCAUAAAUACGACAUAGGAUAGUCAGUAUAAACUUAUUAUAGGACCUACACUUAAGUCUUCCCGCAUUUUUGUAAUUGGUGAAGAACACGUGUCAGUUGUUGAGGGCGUGAUCCUCACAACUUCUACUUCAGAAGGGUGUUUUCUUUAAGUGUUUAAUCGAACAUUAGUAUUAAUAAUGAUCUUUUACGAAAACUGUACUUAACAUGAUGAUGAAGUUUGAACAGGCCCCUCCGUCUCUGGUCUCAUGCUCGACGGUCGAGUCACAAGUUGCGCUUUUCUCGCCGCGGGGCGUUUCUGUUUCUUCCCUCAGAGUCUGACCGCGGAUCACACGCGUCCAUGUUCGGCUCCGUCUCACACAGCUAUGCAGAGCCAUCACCUGAAGGAACACUUGUAUAAAAUCCUGGUGAUCGGGGAUCUAGGUGUGGGGAAAACCAGCAUCAUCAAGCGCUACGUGCACCAGAACUUCUCACCGAACUACCGCGCGACGAUCGGCGUGGAUUUCGCGCUCAAAGUUCUCAACCUCGAACAGGAGACCGUUAGACUACAACUCUGGGACAUCGCCGGCCAGGAGCGUUUCGGGAACAUGACGCGGGUGUAUUAUCGAGAGGCCAUGGGAGCCUUCAUCGUUUUUGACGUCACCCGGCCAUCGACGUUUGAGGCGGUGACCAAGUGGAAGGAGGAUCUUGACGCCAAGUUGAGUUUAUCCAACGGUAAACACGUGGCGGCCGUGUUGCUCGCCAACAAGUGUGAUCAGGGCAGAGAUGUUCUCACCAACAAUGGCAUCAAAAUGGAGCAGUUCUGCCAGGAGAACGGCUUCGUGGGAUGGUUUGAAACUUCAGCCAAGGAGAAUAUUAAUAUAGAUGAGGCUGCACACUGUCUAGUGAAGCACAUUAUAGCUAAUGAGAGUGAUCUGCUGCAGUCAGAGGUUGCAGACACCAUCUCGCCGCAGCAGGAGUCUAGCCGCGGAGGAACCUGCUCAGCGUGUUUCAGGUCCUGAAGAAGAUCUCCAGAGGGUCUCUGAGGAGCGCUUCUCCAUACAACCUCAUUCUGGCUCUUUCAAGUCUUUCCAUCACGUGUCUUCUCUUCUCAUCUCAUUCACAUCUCCUGUCAUCUCUGUUUAUCUGUGUCAAUGCCGGAGAGGCGACCCUGUCGCCGUGUCUCAGUUUCCAUGGUAACAAGACUUAUCAAACACUCUGCAGAGGAGAAAAUGUUUUAAGAGAAAGAGACAGCGGUGAGAAAUCCAUCUGCAGAGCUUCAGGAGAACUUCAGGUUCCUGCAGAAUCAAAACCAUACAUUCUUUCAUUUUAUGAUCAUUUUACUGACCUGCUUUGCUUUUAAUUAAUAUUUUUACUGACUAACAGAAAUGGGCUGAAUAAGCAAAACCAACAAAUUAAAAAACAUUUUAUUUUUGCCCACUGAGCAGAGCGAAACUCUUUUUCCAUGUUUUCAUGUUUUUUUUACCUUUUAAGUCAAGAUGUUAAUGAAUUAUGUACGCAGGUCUUAAAAAUAUUAAUGAAUUUGAAUAUUUUUGGUACAUGCAGUUGCAGAUGUUUCUAAAACAGGGUUUCUGAAAGCAAAUGUAAGACCUUUUAAGACAAAGUAAAGAAAAUUUAAGAAAUACAUUAAUAUGGUGCCUAAAUGUAUAUGUUUUGUAUUCGCAACACUUAAAAAUGUGAAAGUUACAGUUAUUUUAUUAAUUCCACAAAAAAGCAUAAAUAGC